UGUUUGAAAACGUCGAAAAUGUCCCGCGUAGAAGAUUGUUUGACAGAGAAAAUCCUCUAGACGGUUUGUCGGAAAUGGAGGUUUAUAGGAGAUACCGAUUUAUUCCGGCAACUAUACUGACCUUAUUAAAUUUGGUCGCCGAUUCUCUGGACUUUGGAACGCUGAGUAAUUCUCCUCUCCUGCCGAUCCAGCAGCUGUGCAUAUUUCUUCGUGCCAUGGCGACUGGAUCCUUCCAACUCGUCGUAGGAGACACUGUUCGAGUCAGUCAGCCAUCCGUAUCAAGAUGCUGCCGACGAGUUGGACGAGCAAUAGCUCGACUAGCUCGCCGUUACGUACGGUUUCCUGACAGGGAAGAGUGCAAAACUCUAAAAUCCAGAUUUCAGUCCAUUGCUGGAUUUCCAAAUGUAAUCGGACUGAUUGAUGGAACUCAUGUUCGCAUUCAAAGGCCAAAGAACCACGAAGCCGAUUUCAUAAAUAGAAAAGGCUACCAUUCUUUGAACGUGCAAAUGGUAUGUGACCACAGCAAAAAAGUGAGGAGCUUAACAGCUAAAUGGCCAGGAAGCACACAUGAUGCGAGAAUAUGGAGAGAGUGUCAUCUACGGAACCAGUUCGAACAAGGAGCUCAUAAUGGCUUCAUUCUUGGAGACUCGGGGUACCCAUGUACACCCUACCUGAUGACUCCUUUCCGAACCCCCGAAUCACAGAAUCAAGAGCAGUUUAAUCUGGCUCUGUGCAAAACAAGAGUGCUUGUGGAGAAGACUUUUGGUAUUAUAAAAAGAAGAUUCGCAAUACUCCAUUACGGGAUAAGGACUGACUUGGCGACAGCAGUGACCUAUAUCACUGCGUGUGUAGUUAUGCACAAUUUUGGAAUUGAACAUGGGGAUAUCCUUGAAGAGGAUUAUUUGGAUGAUGUUUUUGAAGAACAAGUUUAUCAUGAAAAUGUUGAAAUAAAUGCAAACCAUGUUGGUAACAUUGUAAGGCAACAACUAGUUCAGAGAUUUUUCAAUUAAAUAAAAUAAUGUACUGAGUUAAACUUCUCUAAAAAGUGUGAUGAGUUAAACUUCUCUAAAAAGUGUGAUGAGUUAAACUUCUCUAAAAAGUGUGAUGAGUUAAACUUCUCUAAAAAGUGUGAUGAGUUAAACUUCUCUAAAAAGUGUGAUGAGUUAAACUUCUCUAAAAAGUGUGAUGCGUUUAACUUUUAAUAGUCUUUAACUGUACUGUACUAUGUGUGAAUUAGUCUCAUGACUUUUAAGAUUGUACAAAGCUGUUUCCACUGAUUUCCAGAUUUUAGUGGAGACUUUGUUAUUUGAAAGAGAGGUAACUCUGUAGUUCAUCUUACAGUUUCUGUAAUUUUAACUCAGGGGUAAGCUCCCUUUCAUUUCACUGCACUUCUUAUCUUGAUGUAAUGUUCUAGUCAACUAUUUAUCAACAUUUUAUGUUUAACACAAACACUUUCUCAUUCAACAUGAUGUAAUAAUUUUGGUUAUAAGACAAGAUGAAUAACAUUUAACUUUAAAAAUAAAAUGUAUGUCUUUACUAUGGAGCGGUUUUCAUGUCAAAAUUGUAAUGCACAUUAUAACAAACUUGUUAUGCUUGUUUAUAAUAUUUUAUGAACAAUGUUAUUCCAACACUGUUGAAAUGUGUGUAAAUGUACUUUUCUUUCGGUAAUUUUCAUUUAAGCUUUUCAAUUGUUGUGCUAUGAAUUUGUCUGUUUAAGAACGGCAAUUUGCAAUAUUGAAACCUCUUAUUGCCUAAUUCUAAACUGUAACAUGUUUUCCUGUGUCAAGUUCUAAUUCUACCCAAGAACGUGACUUUAUUAUGUUGUAAAAUUAAUAUGUAUACUUUCUAAGUACGGUUCUACUAACCCUACCCAGGAAACUUGAUU